UCAGGGGAUUUGCUACUCGUAUGAUGGAAAGAGCGAUGGAGCAGUUCAACGUACAGCUGAACCGGCUAACGCGCUCAUUACGGCGUGCCAGGACAGUGGAGCUCCCCGAGGACAAUGAGACAGCUGUCUACACCCUUAUGCCCAUGGUGAUGGCUGAUCAACACAGAUCAGUCUCAGAAUUGUUGUUAAAUUCCAAGUUUGAUGUGAACUAUGCCUUUGGCCGAGUGAAAAGAAGCCUUCUCCAUAUAGCAGCCAACUGUGGGUCAGUGGAGUGUCUGAUUCUCUUACUAAAGCGUGGUGCAAACCCAAACUACCAGGACAUCUCUGGCUGUACCCCACUCCACCUAGCAGCAAGAAAUGGGCAGAAAAAGUGCAUGGCUAGGCUGUUGGAGUACAAUGCAGAUGUUAACAUCUGCAACAACGAAGGCCUAACUGCAAUUCACUGGCUGGCAGUGAAUGGCAGGACGGAGCUGCUUCAUGACUUAGUGCAACAUGUUUCUAAUGUGGAUGUGGAGGAUGCCAUGGGUCAGACAGCCUUACAUGUGGCCUGUCAGAAUGGACACAAGACUACAGUGCUGUGCCUUCUGGACAGUGGAGCAGACAUCAAUCGUCCCAACGUCUCUGGAGCUACCCCUCUCUACUUUGCCUGCAGUCAUGGCCAGAGGGACACAGCUCAGAUCUUGCUUCUUAGGGGUGCUAAGUACCUGCCAGACAAAAAUGGGGUCACACCUCUUGACCUUUGUGUACAGGGUGGCUACGGGGAGACAUGCGAGAUUCUCAUACAGCAUCAUGCCAGGCUGUUCCAGACUCUCAUCCAGAUGACUCAGAAUGAUGAAUUAAAGGAGAACAUGCUCAGGCAGGUUCUUGAGCAUGUGUCUCAGCAAAAUGACUCCAACUAUCAGAGGAUCCUGACCAGUCUGGCUGAGGUGGCCACCACCAAUGGACACAAGCUGCUCAGUUUGUCUAGUAAUUAUGAGGCACAGAUGAAGAGCAUGCUUCGAAUCGUACGGAUCUUCUGCCAUGUGUUUCGCAUCGGUCCAGCCUCGCCUAGCAAUGGUACUGACAUGGGAUACAAUGGGAACAAAACCCAGCGCAGUCAGGUCUUCAAGCCUCUGGAACUACUCUGGCACUCUCUGGACGAGUGGCUGGUGCUCAUCUCUACAGAAAUGGACAAGUGUGUGGACGCCACCUCCUCUUCUCCAGGAAGUGACAUUGCAUCGCUUCUUCUAAAGCAACGAGAGGCCGACCCCUCCGAUUCCAUCGAAAGUUCUGCCUUUCUGCCAUCGUCACUGGACCCUGAGGUAAUGAUGCAGACGCCGGAGGCUUAUGUGGAUGGUCAGGAUGUCAUCUCCAUGACUGCUAAUAGGCUGAGUGCAGUAAUCCAAGCCUUCUACAUGUGCUGCUCCUGCCAAAUGCCACAAGGCAUGACGUCUCCUCGUUUCAUCGAAUUCGUGUGUAAACACGACGAAGUGCUCAAGUGCUUCGUAACCAGGAACCCCAAGAUCAUCUUCAACCACUUCCAUUUUCUGCUGGAGUGUCCAGAGCUAAUGUCUCGCUUCAUGCACAUCAUCAAAGGCCAGCCCUUUAAGGAGAGAUGCGAGUGGUUCUACGAGCAUCUCCUGGCUGGACAGCCUGAUUCGGAUAUGGUCCAUCGGCCGGUCAAUGAGAACGACAUUUUACUGAUUCACCGAGAAUCGAUAUUCCGCAGCAGCUGUGAAGUUGUAUCAAAGUUCACCAAUGAAAAGCUCAAGCAGGGCAUCGCCGUGCGCUUCCACGGUGAAGAGGGAAUGGGUCAGGGGGUGGUACGAGAGUGGUUCGACAUUCUCUCUAAUGAGAUCAUCAAUCCAGACUAUGCACUGUUCACACAAUCAGCAGAUGGCACUACAUUUCAACCCAACAGUAACUCAUCUGUAAACCCAGACCAUCUAAACUACUUCCGAUUUGCUGGUCAAAUCCUGGGCCUGGCUCUGUAUCACCGCCAGUUGGUGAACAUAUACUUUACCCGCUCCUUCUAUAAGCACAUACUGGGUAUCCCAGUGAGUUAUCAGGACGUAUCCUCCAUCGAUCCAGAAUACGCCAAGAACUUGCAGUGGAUUCUCGACAAUGAUAUCAGUGACCUGGGCUUGGAGCUCACGUUUUCAGUGGAAACAGAUGUUUUUGGAGCCAUGGAAGAAGUUCCCCUUAAACCAGGAGGAACUACAAUUCAGGUUACACAGGAUAACAAGGCAGAGUAUGUGCAGCUUGUGACAGAAUUGCGGAUGACUCGAGCCAUUCAGCCUCAGAUCAAUGCUUUCCUGCAGGGUUUCCACACCUUCAUCCCUGCCUCACUCAUUCAGCUCUUUGAUGAGUAUGAGCUGGAACUACUGCUGUCUGGCAUGCCAGAGAUUGAUGUAAGCGACUGGAAGAAAAAUACAGAAUACACCAGUGGCUAUGACCUGGAGGAGCCAGUUAUCAAGUGGUUUUGGGAGGUAGUGGAGGAUCUUACACAGGAGGAAAGGGUUCUUCUAUUACAGUUCGUCACUGGAAGUUCCCGUGUUCCACACGGUGGUUUUGCUUUUCUUAUGGGUGGCAGUGGUUUGCAGAAGUUCACCAUUGCUGCUGUGCCCUACACGUCCAACCUAUUGCCUACCUCUAGUACCUGUAUCAACAUGCUGAAACUCCCAGAAUACCCCAGCAAGGACGUCCUUCGAGACCGACUGCUGGUUGCACUGCAUUGUGGCAGCUAUGGCUACACCAUGGCAUGAUCCUGACCUAGCUGCUUCUGCUGGGUGCGCGCUUUAUACACACAGACACAUACGUAUACAUAAAUGUUUGUAUACAU